UGACGCGCUAGAGUCAGCGGAAGUGACGCAGUUUGUGUGGAUGUGGGGCUGUCAUGGAUGAAGUUGGUUCACCGUCGCGUCGUCGUGGUGGUCCUACGGGGCUCUCCGCCGUGCAGUCCGACACUAUAGAGGGUCUGACAGAGCUGGAGGAUCUGGAGCGAGUGUAUGCGCAGCUAUGUGCCGAAGAGGCGGAAGUGCAGAUGGAGUUGGGCGCUCUUAUGGGACAGCAGAGCAACAUAGAAACAAAGAUGCUCGCCCUGCAGAGGAUGGGACCCAACUUGCAGCUGAUCGAGGGAGAUGCUGUGCAGCUGUCUGGCAUGAUCAACUUUACAUGCAGCCUGGCAGAGAACGUCAGCAGCAAAGUCAGACAGCUGGACCUCACCAAGAAAAGGCUGUACCAAGCAAUUCAGAGGGCAGAUGAUAUUCUAGAUCUGAAGUUCUGCACAGAUGGUGUUCAGACAGCCCUGCGUAACCAGGAUUAUGAGCAAGCUGCUGCCCACAUUCAUCGCUAUCUUUCUCUCGACCAGUCAGUGAUUGAGCUCAGCAAGCAGGGUGGAGAGGGCAGUGCAGUUGAAGCCAGCCUUGCAUUGCUUCAGGAAGCAGAGCGCAAUCUGAAGGCACUGGUUACAACACGACUGGAGGAGGCAGUUGCCACAGGCGACUUGCCUCAAGUGGAGCGCUUUUUCAAGAUCCUUCCUUUACUGGGACUUCAUGAGCAAGGACUUGCACGCUUUGCUCAGUACCUUUGCAGUCAGUUGGCCAGUAAGGCAGAGGAGAACUUACUCUUGGCUGUUGGCUCUGAUCUCGGCGAACGCAGAGCACCGGUCAUUUUUGCCGACACACUCACACUGCUUCUUGAAGGUAUUGCACGCAUUGUUGAAACCCAUCAGCCCAUAGUGGAAACAUACUAUGGACCAGGCCGACUACACACACUCCUUGCACACCUUCAAAAAGAGUGUGAUAAACAGGCUCAGAAAAUAGUGGACAAAUUCAUCCAACAGAGAGAUUACAACAAUAAGUUUCAGGUUAUCCAGAGCAGCAUGAUGAGGGGCAUGACUACAGAAAAGAUUGAGCCCAGAGACCUGGAUCCCGUGUUAUGUGAGGUUACCUUAAUGAACUCCAGAGCCGAGCUAUACUUUCGGUUCUUGAGGCGGCGUAUAGUGGCUGACUUUGAGGUUGCAGAUGCAAUGGCAGAUGAAACAGUUAUACAAGAGCAUCAGCAGAGUUUAGAACAGUUACUGAAGAACUGCCAGCUGAGCCGCACUAUGCAGGAGCUGAUUGGUUAUUACAUUCCCAUGGAGGAGUAUUACAUGAGAGAGUCUGUCAACAAGGCAGUUGCCAUGGACACAGCUGAGGUGGGUCAGCUGAGCUCCAGCAUGGUGGACGAUGUUUUCUACAUUGUGAAGAAAUGUAUCAGCCGAGCCCUCACCAGCAACAGCUCUGACUGCGUGUGCGCUAUGAUUAAUCAUGCAACCAGCGUUCUGGAGACAGACUUCAGAGAGGUGUUGGUAUGUAAGCUACGAGCUGGUUAUCCAUUCAGUGCUCUGCAGGAUCUGCAGCGUGGGGUCAGCAGUGCAGUCAGUCUGAUGCAGAGCAGCCUGCAGCAUGGCAAGAUAACAAAUCUUACACAAACACUUGGGAUUGAGAGCCAGGAGCAGGCAAAGAGCGCCUACUUGGUGGCUCUCAAUAAUGUGGAGGUCUGCAGUGAGAAUAUCAGCACUCUGAAAAAGAACCUAGAGAGUGAUUGUGCCAAGUUAUUCAGUCAGGGAGUGGGCUCAGAUCAUGCGAAGGCUAAGAUAGACAGCUGUCUAUCUGAUUUGGUCAACACCUCCAGCAGAUUCAAGGACCUCCUCCAGGAGGGUCUACAGGAGCUUAAUAACACCUCUAUCAGGCCACAAGUAAAACCCUGGAUCAGCAGCUUCCUGUCUGUCUCACACAAUAUUGAAGAGGAAGAGUUCAGUGAGUAUGAAGCCAAUGAUCCUUGGGUUCAGCAACUCGUUGUCCAGUUGGAGCAGCUUAUGGCCGAGUUUAAGGUGGGCCUGUCACCAGUCAUUUACGAUACUCUAACUAGCCUGAUGACCAGCCUCAUCGCUAUAGAGUUGGAGAAGACUGUGUUCAAAUGCACCUUCAGCAGGCUUGGUGGAUUACAGUUUGAUAAGGAGCUGCGCGCUUUGGUUGCCUACCUCUCCUCUGUCACCUCCUGGACCAUCAGGGAUAAGUUUGCCCGACUCACACAGAUGGCAACUAUUCUCAACUUAGAAAGGGUGUCUGAGAUCCUGGAUUAUUGGGGACCCAACUCUGGGCCUUUGACUUGGCGUCUGACCCCUGCUGAGGUUCGCCAGGUCUUGGCUCUAAGGGUAGAUUUCCGCAGCGAGGACAUUAAAAGAUUACGACUCUAACAGAACUAAACAAAAACACUUUCCCCUUAAGGUUUUUAUGCAUAGAAAUGGUGUGUUGGGUAACUUGAAUGGAGGUGUGUUAUCUCUGAACUUUUGUAUACGCAAUUUCUUCUUCUUUUUUUUUUUUUUUUUAAACAUAUGUAAUGUAUUACCAGCCAACCUUGUGAAUCAAAUAGUCCAUGAGCUAUUCUGAAGCUCACACUCACUUA